AUGGUUCAGUUCCUCGGCAAAGAAGUUGGCCCCAUCGGCUUCGGCCUCAUGGGCCUCACCUGGCGCGACGACCCUCCCCCACUGGAGCAAGCCCUCGCCGUCAUGAAGGCCGCCGUCGAAAACGGCCAGACCAUGUGGAACGGCGGCGAGUUCUACGGCACGCCCGAGUACAACUCCAUGACCAUCAUCAAGGCCUACUUCACAAAGUACCCCGAAGACGCCGACAAGGUCGUCUUGGUCAUGAAGGGCGGCAUCGACAGUUCCGCUCGCAAGCCCGACGGAUCGCCUGAGGGCAUCCGUCGCUCGCUGGAUAACAUUUUGGCGCAGCUCGGCGGCAGCAAGAAGGUUGACGCCUUCUGCUGUGCCAGACGUGACCCGAACUAUCCACUGUCGGUUACCUUUGGCGUGAUUCAGAAGGAGUACAUCGACACUGGCAAGCUUGGCGCCAUUACCUUGUCUGAGUGCGGAGUUCACACCAUUCAUGAAGCCGCCAAGGUGGCCGACAUUGCUGGUGCUGAAAUCGAACUGAGCAUGUUUACGCCGGACAUUUUGAAGAACGGCAUUGCCGCUGCGCUGAAAGAGCACAACAUUCCCAUCAUUGCAUACUCGCCUCUUGGGAAGGGGCUCCUCACUGGCCAGUACAAGACUCUGAACGACGUCAAAAAGCUCGGCACAGUCUCCUCCUUUCCCCGCUUCCAACCAGCCCAGCUCGAGCACAACCUCAGACUCGUCGAGCAGGUCGAGCAGGUUGCCCGCGAAAAGGGCUGCACCCCCGGCCAGAUCGCCAUCAACUGGGUGCUGAGCUUGAACUCGGAUCCGAACCUGCCUCUUGUGAUCCCGAUUCCUGGCUCAUCUACGGUGCAGCGUGUUGAGGAGAAUUCGAAGCUGGUGGAAAUUACCAAGGAGGAGCUGGACAAGCUGAAUGGCUUGGUGCAUAGCUUUGAGGCUGCGGGAGAGAGAUACCCGCAACAUAUACCCGUUAACACCUAG